AUGCCGGGAGGGAUGGACAAUAGUGUCGUACCGGUCCCUCAGUAUCACCAAUGGUGGCCAGCUAGUUUCAAAGUCCAACUGUCGUGCAUAGGGGAAAUUAUCGCAGGUGUCAGGGGGCAGAGGGAUGCAGCCAUUGCACCCCAAGAGGGCGAAUCUGGUGAUGAGCGAUGCCAAGAUGGCACGAUCCGAGCAAGCUGGCGAUCCACUGUGAUCCGCUCCAGGGAAACCAAACGAGCAAAAGGGUCGACGGCCAGGCUGUUUGGCCAGGGCUCCGUCGCCACUUUGGGCCGACAUCUUGUCUUCAAAGGGGUCUCUAUCACAUAUGAUAAUAAGCGAGUCCAAUCGAGGCCGUCACAUGUGACCGGCGCUUCCCAACUAGGCCACACAGCGGAGACUGGCCUGUGCUCACGCAACGUCGAUCAAACGUCGCAUGCAACAAAGUUGGGCGAUGAACAAACUCCGAACACCAAGAACGAGCGCGAAAGAGGAUGGAAAACUCGGAAUAGGCACCAUAUCGGUUUCCUCACCAUUAUGAAUAUCUGA